AUGAUUACCCUGCAAUUUGCGAGAGCACUGUUUGCCUUCAUGAUUUUCGGAGCAUUCACUGAUCUACAAUUGGCACUAUUCUCAGCACUUCCUGGACCUCUAGCAAACCUCUACAAUCAAACCUUCAUUCGGCAUUACGGCAUAGAACUUGAUGUUACCGCGUUUCUUCUCGGGAUCACAUCAUGUGCCUUUCAAGGCUUCGGUGGAUGGUUGGGGAGUGCUGAGCUGUUCGUCGUAGGACAACUGCUCCUUGGCUUAUCGAUCCCGAUCAAGCUCGUCGUGGUCACACUUUUUGUGACAGAAUGCGCUCCAGAUGAACACAGAGGAUUCGCAUCCGUCGCGCUUCACUUGGGAGAUAUGUUGGCCAGCUUACUCAUGUGUAUCCUGAUGUAUCUGUUUACCGUGAGCAUUCCUGACUCUCCAAAGUGGCUGGUUCGACAUGGUGAUAAGGCUGGUGCCGCAGAAGCCAUGCGUUUCUAUCAUGGAGAAGGAGAAAAUCCAGACAAGGCGAUGACUUCGUUAUGUCUUGAAACACAUCUGACAACUAAUAAAAAUCUAUCUAUCAGGGAAGCAUGGCACGAUGAGACAAUUAAAGAGGCUAUGAAAGUUAUUAUGAUACUUCAAUUGAUGUUCACCAUUUCUCCGGUGCCGCUGGAGAGAGCAUACUCUGUAGUAAUUCAUACAUCUGUAGGAUUCUCAGUCGAACAGUCGCUAAUGCUAAGCUGGAUGAGUACUUUACUGAUGACCCCACUAACUUUUCUCAGUACUUUUGCAAUUGACAAAUUCGGACGUAGGCCGGUCGUAUUCAUUGCGUCCAGUAUCAUGUUCCUCAAAAUCCUCGUAAUGUUCACCGCUCAGCUGUUAGUCUACGUUACAUCCCCGUCAUGGGUCACUAUGGUUAUGGCAACAGCCAACGAAUUCGCUUCGGAUUUGAUCACCUGCACAGGAGCAGGAGCCGUGGCUUCAUUGCUAAUUGCUGAACUUAUACCACCAGCUGCUCGUGUUGCAGUCUCCCAGGCAAGUGCUAUUAUUUGUUCCACUGGCGUCCACAAUACCGAUAAUGACGUCAUUCCCGGUGAUGAAUGCGCUUUUUGCGCCAGCUAUCUACAUUCCCAUGCUUAUUUGUCAACCGUUCCUGAUCGGUUAUCUUAUCAGGCGAACACACGUCAAUCGAUCUCGGAACGCACACCGCUUCUGAAAUCACGAGCUGGAUCCGUUCGAUCAACAACCGGUGUACACGUUAAUGCUUGA